UUCAAGGUCGCAGCCAGUCUAUCGUUGGACAUCACCACUAAAGGUGGACAAAGCUUAGAGGACAUAAUGAUGUCUGCUGUUGCUCCAAAGAAACGCCAUGGUUCUAAGCGUGCUCCUAUGGCCUGCCAGUCCUGCCAUGAUCGCAAAGUCAGAUGUGAUCUAGCUAUCUCCGGUUCACCAUGCACCAACUGCCGGCUUGAUAUGGUCAAGUGCUUGAAGCGAUUUUCUACCCACAAAAAGCCACCUCGGAAGAGACUACAACUCCAGGGAGUCCAACCCAACCUCCCGAGUCAGCAUCACUCUUUACAGCAGACCACCAACAAAGUUCAUACCUCUCGAGGUUGCAAACCAGUAUGGGUCGGCCUCGUUGGUCGCGUCCGGGAUUCUAUAUUUCACAAAGUGACAUGGCUCUACAGUAUGAAUGUGGACGAUGACCCCGUCGUAAUGUCCCAAACGGCCUUGCUACUAAGCUACUACAACACCCACAGGGAUACGAAAAGCAACUCAACAUGGCUUGGUAUUGCGAUCCGACAUGCACAAGCGGGAAACGCAGAUCAACCGGAUGAUUUCUCUGGGAACGCGCCGUCCAUUACAGAUUUUGGAUCCCCGGCUGCCAAGUCAGAAGGACUUUCUUUUUUUGAUGACCUUAAAGAGGAGCCCAGUGGCUCUGAAGUUUACAACUCAAACACAAAGAUGGCUAUCAAUUCGCUGAUCUCGUGGCACUGUGAAUUUGCUGUCGUGGUCACGGAUAUUCUGGCCAUGUUGUAUCCUGGCUCACAGAGCCUGAGGCUUAGAAGCCUACGGAUUAUGGAUGACCAGUGGAGUAGGCUGGAACAACUGAAACAUGAUUUUAGCUGCUGGAAUGACCGCUUCGUGAGCUGGGCACAGUGUCAGGGCUCUUUGGCCCACCCCUCAAUCAAGCUUUUUAUUGGCUCGAUAUCAAUCCAUUCCCAAACAGUGCGCCUGGCUCUAUGUACAUACACUUCACGUAUCCUGUCAGAAUGUGAAGUGGUUCGUUCACAGAAAUCUCGCCUCAAAGGGUAUGGAACCGAACUUCAAGGUGGUCUUCUCAAGAUGACGGAGGAGGUCAAAGAAUUGAUCGACUCAAGAAUGUCGGAAUAUCUUCCGGUCAGCGUAAUGGCAUUUACCGCCUUGCCAAUGAUUUUGUGGGGCAUCAGCGCUGCCGUCUCUGGCGAAUCAAUUACACAGCAUCAGAAUGCCAUUAAAUUUUCUCUUUUCAAACAAAUGAGUUACAUUUACAGCCUGCGAUACGAUACAAUGCACCUCUCCGCGGUUGUCCAGCGGGUGGUUCAGCUGAUCAAGCCCGCGCUGAUGACAGCAGUCUUAGGUGCAAAGAGCGACAACAUGGCAACCUCAUUCCUCGAUAUCUUGAUGCGGCACCCUCAAACGUUUUCCGAGCUUUGUUUGUACCUUGAUGUACUACUCUCUGCAGAUGACAAGACAGAGGCACCAUGCCCAUUGGACCCCUCCAGGAUGAUCCCUAUUGUCGGACAGAUUCAAAGGCCUAUGCCAGGCUCUUCUGAGCUAUCUGAUGUUCAUGCACCUACAAAUCCAGGCCUGCUAGAGGUAAAGUCAUCGACACCGAAUUUGGACGAGCUGGGUCCACUUUAUCCAGCAUUCGAACAUCCUUUAGGAAGUUGGGAAGAAGCAGAGAACUUUAAUAAUGGCGAGGAGAUGGGGGGAGUUGACCACAAAUACUCGGGCAUUCCCAUAUCCACAGUCGAAUCACCGCCAGAGUUACCGGAGCCGGAAGAGUUUGAUCAAAUUCUUACUUACUUUACACAUCUCGGAGAGUGA